GCCCCAAUCCGGCCAGGACCCCAUGACGGGCCUACCCAAGUAGGUGCUGCACCCCCCUGCCUGAGCUCGAGGACUCAGACUGCAGACAGGCGGCGCCCGCAUGCGCACUACCUGUUUUGAGGGGUGACUUGAGACGCCCACGCAUGCGCCCAUCUGCUCCUUUUGCGCCAUUGAGGCUCCCCUCCGGCGGCCGUCGCGGUUUCCGGCAGCGUGGCAUCUCGCUGUUAUCUCUCACGCCGCCGGCGCCGGGCGCUUUGCGGCAGUGUGGCUGGAAUGGCGUCUCACUUCAGCGGGGUGCUGCAGCUGGCCGACCUGGAUGAUUAUAUCGGGCCCUCGCAGGAUUGUGUAAAGCCAAUAAAAGUUGAAAAGAAACCUGGAAAAACAGCAGCUAAGAUCCGAAUUGAAGAUGAUGGGAGCUAUUUUCAAAUCAAUCAGGAUGGAGGAGCACAAAAGCUUGAAAAGGCUAAAAUUACCCUGAAUGAUUGUUUAGCUUGCAGUGGCUGCAUCACAUCCGCAGAAAGUGUGUUAAUCACUCAGCAGAGCCACGAAGAGCUCUACAAAGUGUUAAGUUCCAAUAAGACUGCAGCUCCUAAUCAACAGAAGCUAGUUAUAGUUUCCGUUUCACCACAAUCCAGAGCAUCACUAGCUGCAAGAUUUAAGAUGACGCUUCUAGAAACAGCCAAGAAAUUGACAGCAUUCUUAAAAAAUUUAGGUGUGCACUAUGUGUUUGAUACAACUUUCUCAAGAAACUUCAGCUUGCUGGAGAGCCAACGAGAGUUUGUACGACGCUUUCGAAGGCAAACUGAAGAUAAAAAGGCUUUACCCAUGCUAGCCUCUGCCUGUCCAGGUUGGAUCUGCUAUGCGGAGAAAACUCAUGGAAGUUUUGUUAUUCCUUACAUUAGUACCACUAAGUCCCCACAGCAGGUCAUGGGCUCCUUGAUCAAGGAUCACUUUGCAAAACAGCAGCAUUUUUCACCUGACCAGACCUACCACGUGACAGUAAUGCCCUGUUAUGACAAAAAACUAGAAGCUUCAAGACCAGACUUUUUCAGCCAAGAGUACCAAACUCGUGAGGUUGACUGUGUAAUUACUACGGGAGAAGUUCUACAAUUGUUGGAACAAAAGGGAGUGUCUCUGUCAGAUGUGGACUCUGCUCCUUUGGAUAUCAUGUUUAGCAGCGUUUUAGAAGAGGAGCUCCUUGGCCAUUCUGGUAAUGGUUCUGGUGGCUAUUUGGAGCACAUAUACAAGUAUGCAGCAAAAGAACUGUUUGGGAUUCAAGUGGAUGAAAUUCAAUACAAACCUUUAAAAAACAAAGAUUUCCAGGAAGUGACACUGGAAAAGGAUGGCAGAGUCCUGCUGCAGUUUGCCUUGGCUUAUGGAUUUCGAAACAUACAGAAUUUAGUGCAAAAACUGAAACGAGGAAAAUCACCUUAUCACUUUGUUGAAGUCAUGGCUUGUCCAUCAGGCUGUUUAAAUGGAGGUGGUCAGAUCAGAGCAGAAGGUGAAUCCAGCAAGGAUUUGCUUCAGCAAGUUGAGAAGUUGUAUGAAUCUGUUAAGACGGAAAUUCCAGAGAGGAACCUCGCUGUAAAAGAACUGUAUGAACAGUGGCUGGGUGGUACAGACUCAGAAAAAGCUGCAAAAAUAUUGCACACAGAGUACCAUGCAGUGGAGAAAAUGAACUCUGGAUUUAAUAUCAAAUGGUGAAGAUGUAUGAUGCACUUGUAUUUCUACAGGGACUGUAAAUCUGUGAGACCAAGAGGUAUGCUUACUCAGUGCCCUUUUAAGUUGUCUGUCAUUUUUAAGGUCCUCAAAAGCCAACAUGUGCACUGAAAUUCUAGGAUACCGUGACUGGAAGGACACAAUUUAUAUAUAGAAAAUGUCUUGCAGCUAGAAGAUAAUGUGUAUACACCCUGGUACUGCUGAUUAGUUCCUACAGCUUCUAAGGCUAUUUAAAUAAAAACAAAUGCUGACUUUA